AUGAGUACCAAGGGUAAAUGGCUCACCAUUGAGCAGAAGUGUGAGGUUAUUGCACAGCAUCGUCGUGAGCCCUCUACUAAUUACACGCAACUGUCACAAUGGACCAAGACACGUUUUGAGUUAUCGGUGCCACCUACGCGCCAGACGAUCCGUAACAUCAUUCAGUCGGCCGCUAUCAUUGAGGCCAAACGCCUGUGCGUGCACGUGACCGCAAAGGGCCGCGAUCCGUGCGUGCGUUCACGAGAGCUCGAGGAUCAGUUGACACAGUACAUCAACACGUGCCGAGAGCACAAUGUGCGACUCACACGCCGUUUACUCAACACCAAAGCGCGAGAAAUUCUGGAUAGGAUGGACAAUGCACCGACGCACAAUUUGUCAGUCGGCUGGCUCACGCGUUUCAUGAAGCGACACGGACUAAACUUCCAGAAGGAAAGGGAAGAGUUGAAAGAGACAUCAAUGGCUGCUGCUGUUCCAGCUCACGCUGGUAGCACAGUUGUAGUUGAUGUUGUAGAGCCGCACGGACUAGAAACAGAUCCGGAACGUGUUCGCGUCGAUAAACUGCGGCAAAAAGCGACCAAGAGGUUGUGGGAGCUUGAGCAAGAGGCCAGGGAGUUGAAGAAGUAUCUGCGCAGACUCAAUGCAGCUUCGAACGCGCAUCUGCAUCGGUGA